GCGAUCGCAUCUCAGCCGUUCAGAGGACGAUCCGUGAUGGACUUCACCGAGAUAUACAAGCAGACAGCCUCUCUUGUUUCUUUCAGUCCGGGCACCCACUUCCUCCUUACCGCCGUCCAAGACCGUCUCAUCGUCCGCCGCUCAGAUUCCUUCCAGAUCGCCCGCACUUGGCUCGUCGACUCUACGCCUUCACCGACGUCUGCUGCAUUGUCCAACGCUGUCAUUGCCGGCCCAUCAUCUCUGAGGGAUAGAUCAGGAGAGACUAUUUCGAGCGCGUGGAUCACGCAUGCAGGGUGGUCCUGCGACUCUGAAUAUGUUCUUGGUGCGUGUGCAAAGAGCGGAGUAGUCAGUGUCUUCAAGCUCAGGGACGAAACGUGGAGCGCCAGGAUCGAGGCGGGGUCAGAGGGUCUGGUGAAGGCGGAGUGGGCACCAGAUGGACGGACAGUCCUGUGCUUCUCCGAGUGGGGCCUACGAGUGACAAUGUGGUCGCUCGUGACGGGCGCUGCGACCUACAUCCAGUAUCCCAUACACCCAGAUCGCGGCUAUGCCUUUCGGCGAGACUCGCGCUACUUUGUGCUUGCCGAGCGCCACAAGUCCAAGGACACCCUCGGUGUGUACGACGCACACGAAGCAUACCGCCUCGUCAGGCACUUCCCGCUACCGACGGGCUCCCUCUCCUCACUGUCCCUCUCGCCGACGGGCAACUACCUUGCCGUUUGGGAGGGUCCACUUGAAUAUAAGCUCUAUAUUGUGACUUUGGCAGGCAACGUUGUAGGCACGUUCUGCCCUGAACCAGACCCAGGUUUUGGUAUCAGGAUGGUUUCCUGGCAUCCCUCUGGACUGUUCCUUGCCGUCGCCGGAUCGGAUGACAAGGUGCACAUCCUGGAGAGUCUUACUUGGAAUCCUCUCGCUACGCUUGACUUACCCACUCGAAUACCCGCUGGCGUGCGUAUCUGGCGCGAACCGUCAGGUUGGCUGGAUGCAACACAUGGCCGAGGAUUUCUUUCCUACGAGCGAAUACAGCCUCCCUUCACCCUCCCCACUUCCGCUUCCCACGUGCGCACAAAGCCCACAAAGCCCACCACCCGCGCCGCAUCCGGCCGCCUCGGGCUCGCCUCAGGCUCCGGCUCAGGUUCGAUGUCGGGGACGACGCAGCUCGCAUUCAACACCUCCGGCACGCUGCUCCUCGUGCGCUCCGGCGCAUCCCCUACCACCGUCUUGCUCUACGACUUCCCCGGCACCCCCUCCUCUGCAUCGCCGUCUACGAAUGCAUCAACCACACCCCCAGAGAAAGUCGGCAUCCCACAGCUCCGCACUGUCCUUCUGCACACACAGCCCGUCACCGCGGCGCGGUGGAACCCCGACCCCGGGCGGGCGGGCCGUCUCGCCGUCGCGUGCGGGAGCCAGAGCGUGUACCUCUGGAGCGACGAGUGGGUGUCCGAGCCCGACUCGCGCGCGGCGGGAGAGGACGACGGGGAGUCCGAGGUGGCGGAAUGCGUCGGGGUACCUGCGCAGAAGUUCGAGACGCGGGACUUGCGGUGGGCGCCGGACGGGAAGGGGAUGGUGUUGCUGGACCGGGAGACGUUCUGCUGCGCCUUCGAGGUCGAGGAGGAGGGCCAAGAGGGGUAGACGGAGCGAUGACUUACUUGGCCGCACGCGAUGCCGUGAUGUGGAGAUGCGCAUACUUACCUCGAUACGAGACUGACGACUCAAAACUGUGUUCAUGAACAGCGCCCUUUGAAUGGAAUUCAC